AUGAACCAUAGGCAAGCACUUAUACUCCUGUCCCAGACAAUGGACCUCAGGAAUGGCAGCACAGUGUCAGACUUUAUCCUUAUGGGCUUUGAACAGAACUCCCCUUCCACUUGGGCAUUGCUGUUUGCUCUCUUCCUAGUCCUCUACUGCCUGGCCAUGGCCAUGAACAGCCUCAUCAUCUUCAUCACUUGGACAAACCCCAGGCUCAACAGCCCCAUGUACUUCUUCCUUUGUCACCCGUCCUUCCUGGAUGUCUGUUUCAUCACCACCACCAUCCCACAGAUGCUGAUCCACCUGAUGGUCAAAAACCACCCUGUCUCCUUCACCUCUUGCAUGACCCAGAUGUACCUAGUCUUCUGUGUGGGUGUGGCUGAGUGCAUCCUCUUGGCUUUUAUGGCCUAUGACCGUUACGUUGCUAUCUGCCAUCCGCUUAGCUAUGCCCAGAUCAUGAGCCAGCAGGUCUGUGUGAAGCUGGUGGGUACUGCCUAGUUUUUCGGACUGAUCAAUGGCAUCUUUCUUGAAUAUAUGUCCUUCCGGAAUCCCUUCUGCAGAGACAACCAUAUAGAAAACUUCUUCUGCAAGGCUCCCAUAGUGAUCACCCUCUCCUGUGGGGACACUCAGUUCAGCAUGAAGGUUAUCUUUGCCGACGCCAUUGUGGCGCUGCUCAGCCCCAUGGUGCUCAUUGUCAUCUCCUAUGCCUGCAUCCUGGCCUCCAUCCUCAGCAGAGCCUCUUCCUCGGGUCGAGGGAUGGCCCUCUCCACUUGCGCCUCCCACCUGACUGUGGUUGUCUUCUUCUAUACCUCGGCCAUGUUGUCUUACAUGAACCCCCGCAGCACACAUGGGCCUGACAAGGACAAGCCUUUCUCCCUCUUCUACACCAUCAUCACCCCCAUGUGCAACCCCAUCAUCUACAGUUUCCGCAACAAGGGCCCUCGGCUCUCGGGAGCCCCGGCUGCUGAGAACGGUCGCAGGGGGCGCUCGCACGAGAGCCUUCACCACAGCCGCGUCUCCCCUGCCGCAGCCUCUGUCCCGGUCUCUGAACUAGGGACUAGGAGGGCACACGGGGGGCCCUCAGAGGGCGCAAGACCCCACGAAAAUGCAGUAUCAGAAGCCACCCUGAAAGUGCGCUACCCUUUCCCGUCUCAUCUCAUUUCCGAAUCCAAAAACCACAUGUCGCCGGGGGGUAGGGGGUGGCAACCAGGCUCUAGGGUUACCACAGACCGGCUCAAGGGCCGAAAAUGUGGGAAGACAAUCCAAGUAUUCUACCCCUAG